AUGGCGAAAUCCACAAAGCAAAAUCGAGGGCAUUUCGUGCUCUCUUGUUUCAUAUUCAUCUUCUUCCUCUGCGUGUUGGCUUCAAUAAACGAGGUUCGAUUCGAGGGCUUAUUGAAGUUCGGUCGAUGUGCUCUCUCAAACGAAUCUCUGCCCAUAAACUCUUCCUCUUCCAACGAAGAAGACCUUCGUAUUCUCAUCUCCGUUCUCACUCUCCCCGACCAAUACCUACGACGACACUUCCUGCGACUCGUCUACGGCACACAAACCUUAGAGGGUGCAAAAGUGGACGUGAAGUUCGUGUUCUGUAACCUCACAAAAGAAGAACAAAAAGUUAUGGUGGCGUUGGAGAUCAUGAGGUUCAACGACAUCAUGAUCCUCAACUGCACAGAGAACAUGAACAAGGGGAAAACCUCAACGUUCUUCUCGAGCUUGCCCCAGAUUUUCAACGAAACGAACGGUCCUUACCCUCCUUACCACUACGUGAUGAAAGCAGAUGAUGACACGUAUGUGAGACUAAACAGUUUGGUGAGGUCAUUGAAACCGUUGCCGAGGGAGGAUUUAUAUUAUGGUUUCGUGAUACCGUGUGGAAGCAUGGACCCCUUUAAACACUACAUGUCUGGGAUGGGGUUUGUGGUAUCAUGGGACAUUGUAGAGUGGAUUCAUGGUUCGGAUAUUCCUAAGAAACACGUUGUGGGGCCAGAGGAUAAGGUGUUUGGAGAUUGGAUGCGAUGGGCUCGGCGUGGAAAGAAUAGGUAUAAUGCCAAGUGGUCUAUGUAUAAUUAUCCUGAUCCACGCUCGGUUUGUAGCCACGAUCUUUGGCCAGAUACUAUUGCGGUUCAUUUGUUGAAGAAUCAAGAGAAGUGGAUUCGGACUCUUAGCUAUUUCAACCACACUGAUUCUUUGAAGCCAUCCAAGUUGUACCAUAUAGCUUAG